AUGCAGUCGUUGGUCGACACUGGGUUAGCAACGAGUGCCCCGCUCGUUGCUGGUGCAGCAGCCUACAUUCUCUAUUUCCAUCGUGGUGAACAUCAUUUCAACCCCUAUGGUAUCAUUCAAGUCCAUUUCGUAUUGGCCGCGAGCGUCGCUGCUGUCCUUAUUCAUUACUUCGAUACCCCCACUGCAGCCGCCUUGAAAACCACUGCAUCUUGCGCCGGGCUGUACUUGACAUCGCUCACAACAUGCACGUUUGCAUACCGUCUCUUCCUCAACCCUCUCAACAAAUUCCCUGGUCCCAUCUCGGCGCGUCUUAGCAAAUUCUCCCACGUCUACCAAAAUCGGAAACUGAAAUCGCACCACGAACUGCAGAAGCUGCACCAGAAACAUGGAAAGUUCGUUCGAAUUGGUCCUAAUGACAUCAGUGUCACCGAUCCCGACGCAGCCAAAGUCAUUUCAGGCACCAACUCCAAGUGCUACAAGGCGACCUGGUAUGACAAUGACGCACCUCUGACCAGCAUGCAUACGAGCAGGAGCAAGGCCCAACACGAUGCCAGAAGGAAGGUCUGGGCAAGCGCCUUCAGCCCGGCAACGUUGAAGGGAUACGAGACGAGGAUACAGAAGUAUAACGACGAGUUGCUCGCAGGUCUGAGCAACUCUCGGUAUGCAAUCGAGGGUGAUUCGGAGCAGGCUAUCAAUGCCAGUGAGACGUUCCAUUGGUACAGCUUUGAUGUUAUGGGUGAUUUGGCAUUUGGAAAGAGCUUCGGAAUGUUGGAAUCGGCCAAGACGCAUUGGGCUAUCGAGCUCCUAGGUGACGGCAUGAAGCCUGCGGGCUUGGGUUUGCCAGCUUGGUUCUUCCGAUUCAUUAUCAAGAUCCCCGGUGCUGCUAAAGAUUAUUGGCGGUUUAUCUCCUUUUGCAAUACCCAAAUUGCAAAGCGUAUGGACGAACAGUCUAGUCUAAAUGCGAAGUCUCGAAAUCUUGAGAAAGGGGAAUCAAACAACAGGGAUAUUACACACAAGCUUAUCGAGCACUUCGAAGGGAUGACACCUGACGCACAGAAGAAAGCUCUACCCAUGCUUCAGGGCGACAGCCGAUUGAUCAUUGUUGCUGGCAGUGACACUACUGCAGCAACUUUGACAUACCUAUCCUACUAUCUCGCGCGAGACCCUGAAUUGGUCAGGAGACUGAGAGACGAGAUCAAGAGAUGUCUGGGAAAUGAAAACGCAGAGGUCGAACACCAAAAGAUCGUGGAUUCUGAGCUUCUGAAUGGCUGCAUCUACGAAGCAUUGAGGCUUAAUCCGCCUGUUCCGUCAGGUAUCUUUCGAAAGACGCCAAAAGAAGGAGUAUUCGUCGGAGAAACGUUCAUCCCAGGCGACACGACGAUCCAAAUGCCGUGGUUUGUCAUGGGUCAUGAUGAGGACUGCUACGUCGAUGCAGAAACAUUCAUGCCCGAGCGAUGGUUCGCGAAAAACGUAGACAGGAUGGUGAAGCACAGGGAUGCCUGGCAACCAUUCAACAGCGGUCCCUACGGCUGCAUAGGGAAGAAUCUUGCUUUGAUGCAGAUCCGCGUCUUGGUAGUGCAAAUACUUCAACGAUUCGACAUCAAGCUGGCACGUGGCGAGAAUGGCCAUAAUUUGAUUGAGAACAGCACUGAUCAUUUCACCGUUGCAUUGGCUCCAUUGCGACUGGUCUUCACAGAGAGAGCUUGAAUGAAGUGCAAUCAUGAAGGAUAAUAUCUCAUGGAAG